CCAACCGUUACCUUGCCAACAAAAACAAACAUUACGUUUUUUUUCACGGUCAUUUCUAAUUAUUUCGCCAUGGCCAAUCCCUCUGAAUCUACAAAAACUGAAACAAUUCAAGAUAUAGCUUACAAAUUAGCUGAAGAACAACUAAAUCAAUUGCAAUUGGAAAAUGGACCACGAGAACGCACUAUCUUCAUUCUAGGCUCAAAGGGUGUUGGCAAAACCACAGUUAUUAAUACAUUUUUCGAUCGUGAUGAGGCACCUCGACCCACCUUGGCUUUGGAAUAUUCUUAUGCCCGCAAAACGGGAGCUGCACAAAAGUACAUCUGUCAUAUGUGGGAGUUGGGUUCAUUGGAAAAUUCCCAACAAUUGAGUUGUAUACCAUUUAAAAAUCAUGGCAUUGAGAAUAUGGCUUGUGUUAUAAUGUUGGAUUUGUCUCGGCCUCAAUAUUUGUGGUCAGAUUUAAUGGCGGCAUAUGAAGUACUUAGAGAUUAUAGCGAUAGACAGUUGGCACAUGCAGAAAACUCCGAUUGGAUCUAUGAAAAAGCAAGGGAACGUAUAAAAAAGGAACACCCAGAUUGGGCCACAUUGGAUCUAAUGCCAUUUCCCGUGGUCAUAGUUGGAGGGAAAUAUGAUUUAUUCAUAAAUUGUGAACCUGAAAUGAAAAAACACAUUUGUCGCUGUCUGCGCUCUAUGGCUCAUCUCACUGGCGCCGCUGUGCUCUUCUAUUCACAAAAAUUGCAAAAAUUAUCCAAAACUUUACGUGACACCAUUAGUCACUUGGCCUUUGGUACUCCCUCGCAUCCCUUUCGCAUACAUGCCACCGACUAUAAUGAUGCCUUAUCGAUAUGGUUUGGCACAGACACCUGGGAUAAAAUCAGCUCCAUGGGUAUACAAACUCUGCAGAGUAUUGAGGCGAAUCUAGCACAAGAAAUAGCCCAAGAAAGGGCAGGAGGGGGGGAACAAGACAUCAAUCCAAAGUUGCCAGAUCCAGCUAAAGAUGCUGGAUUUCGUGAAAGCAUCAUAGAUGAAAUGCGUUCACAAAAGGAUGAGGAAUUAAGAGGCAUUGUUAGAGAUAAUAUGCAGCAGCUGAGGGGAAAAUUCGAAAGUGUUAAAUAAACUUUUUUUCUUAUUUUUUUUGUAAUUAUUAGACUAUA